UCAUAAUAUAAUGUGCUUCGUUCCUUCAACAAAUAAAAUUCUCUCUUCUCCAACUUUUGCCGAUUUAUUGAUUUACAAAUUCAAAGCUUUGCUCUUUGAGAUCCUCUUUUUUCUAUUUGCAUCGUCGAUCCAAUUAACCAGGUUCGGUUGAAGAAGCAUUAAUUCAUCGAAGGAGGUCUCUUAUAUCACCAAUUUUUGUAGGAAUCCAUGAACUAAUGGAGACUGAAGGUGGGAAGAAGAAGUCUAGUAGUAGUUCCUUAUUCUACGAAGCUCCCCUAGGUUACACUAUUGAAGACGUUCGACCAAACGGUGGAAUCAAGAAAUUCAGAUCAGCUGCUUACUCCAACUGCACUCGCAAGCCCUCCUGAGAUUUUCCGUGAUUUAGAAUAAACCACCAGAGGUGGUUCCAGUAAAAAGUAGUUUAAAUUUAGAAUUUUGUUCUUCUCAACUCUUUUUCUUCAUCCCUCAUCCUCGUUACACUCUCCAAAAAGUAGUCCUUCCCGAGCACUCUCUUUUAAGCAAGAUGGAAUUGCCGGUUUCUGCCAUCGGAUUUGAAGGUUACGAAAAGCGACUUGAGAUUUGCUUUUUCGAGUUAGGCAACUCUUAUGGCCCUGGAUGUGGCCUACGAUCUCUCUCCAAAGAUCAAUUGGAUGAAAUUCUGACACCUGCUGCAUGCACCAUUGUGUCUUCAUUGGCAAAUGAUGAAGUCGACUCUUAUGUCCUUUCAGAGUCCAGCCUCUUUGUCUACUCUUACAAGAUCAUAAUCAAAACUUGUGGCACCACAAAACUGCUGCUCUCGAUCCCGCCCAUUCUUGAGUUGGCAGAUGCACUUAACCUGAAAGUGAAGUCUGUGAGGUACACACGUGGUUGCUUCAUCUUUCCUGGCGCUCAACCAUACCCACAUCGCCACUUCUCCGAAGAAGUGGCCGUACUUGACAGCUAUUUUGACAAGCUUGGUGCAGGCAGCAAUGCAUAUGUGAUGGGCAAUGCUGAUAAACAACAGAACUGGCAUGUCUAUUCUGCUUCAGCUGAAUCUGCCGAUGCCAAUAAUGUGAAUCCAGUUUACACACUGGAGAUGUGCAUGACUAACUUGGACAAGAAGAAGGCAUCCGUAUUUUUCAAGACUCAAUCUAGCACUGCUGCUGAGAUGACUGAAGUUUCAGGCAUUCGUAAGAUUCUUCCAGAAUCGAACAUAUGUGAUUUUGACUUUGACCCUUGUGGCUACUCGAUGAAUGCUAUUGAAGGCUCAGCAAUCUCCACAAUUCACAUAACGCCUGAGGAUGGAUUCAGCUAUGCAAGUUUUGAAUCAGUGGGUUAUGAUUUUAGAGAGGUCGACUUAACUUCAAUGAUCGAGAGGGUGUUGUCCUGCUUUGGACCUACUGAGUUUUCCGUGGCUUUACACUGUGACACUCGUGGGAAGGAACUUUACACCGAGUCUGGCCUGGACAUUAUCGGAUACGUCUCUGGAGAAAAGACUACUGAAGUGCUUGGUAAGGGAGGAUUGCUUACUUACCUCACAUUCAGUAGCGGUGGUAGCUGCGGAUCCCCCAGGUCAAUCCUUAAUAACUGCUGGAGUGAGAACGAGGAUGAGGAAACGGAGAAGAUAUAUUAAUGAGAAAAUUCUCCUUUUAUUAGUAUGCAAUACUAUAGUAGUAAACAUCAGUUUUUGGUAUUUUAAUUCAGUUCUGUGGUAUCACUUGGAAUGAAAUAAACUGCUGAGUCUAUGCACAGCAGCUCAUCGCUUUAUACCGUUUGGAAUUUUAAUAUUCAGUUGUCUGGUGUGUAAUAAACCUUCUGGGAGACGAUAUAAAUAAUUGUCAUUGUGGAAUA